CGGUUCUCGAGGAAGACACUCCGUCUCUUCCUUUCUUACUAUCCCCGAUCACUUAAUCGAGAACGCUAUGACGGAUGAAGAAUUCGACCAGAUUUAUUCUGGUAGAGGGGACGCAAAUCUCCUCACUCUUGAUAGUGUAUUCGAAGAUCUUGAUGAAGCAAAUCUGGAUAAUCUGGACGGGGACGAGGAGUCUACACCGCAGAGCAACGACGUCGACGAGGAGGCAGGUGAGCCCGAGACCUCUCGAGGUCCGGACAAAGGGUUAUACGGCACUGUACAAGAAGAAACAGCACCACCUCCGCCCCCGAAAUCAAAAAAAGGUUUUGCCGGAAUAGUCGGUGGUCUUCUUGCAAAGAAAGGGAAGCGUACUCAUUCUUCGAUGAGUUCAAGUGGUACAACAGUAAGCUCGCACAACGAACUUGCUAUGUACCAGGGUAUGCCAUGCGAUUACGACGACGACGUGGAUUUUGAUGUGCUCGGAUGGUGGAAGCGGAACGAACAAAUGUUCCCAUGUCUCGGCAUGCUAGCAAGACAAGUGUUAUCCGUUCCGGUAUCAACCGUAGCAGUUGAACGAGAAUUCAGUGCUAGCGGCAACAUUCUAACCGACUUUCGAAGUUGUCUUAGCGCUGAAUCUCUUGAAACACUUGUUUGCAACCAAGAUUGGCUCUUGGCAAGACGUCGAGCUCAAGAGUCAUCGUACCUACUCGAAUCGUAGCAUUACAAGAAUGCAACAACAGAUGGAAGUCUGAGUUCUGAAGAAUAAGUUAUAAUUCUUUUUAUGUUAAUGUAAAUAUGUAAUUAGUUUUUUUAGGUGAGCGAUAUAUAGCUCCUUCGAGGGUUUCUUUACGGUUCUUUACCUCGUCGCUUUUUUUGAACCGUCAGGAUAUUAAAUGUGGUUGUUCUUC